AUGGCUCGUGCUCGGCCCUCCCUUCGUGGCACUGUGCUGGCAGUGCUUGGCCUGCGCCUGUGCUUCUCCGAAGCCAGCGCUACGGAACAGGUUCCCUUGGGAUGCUUCCUUUACGGCUGGAAGGUCGCCGAGGCGCUCAGCGGCAUCUCAAACCCUGUGAAUGCCUCAGAUGCGGUGGAGUGCCAGAAGCAAUGUGCGGCCACCGACGAAUGCAAGUCCUUUGGUUUCCAGACAUCUUUCAAUGCUUGUUGGCUGGGAUCGGACAUUCAGACUCCAAGCCGGGCACUGUCAAACGGCUUCGUGGCUGGGCCGGCCAGAUGCGUUGCGGAAAGAAGAUUCCUGAGUGGCUUGGAGGCCAGCCCCGCCUGCACUGCAUCGCCAAGCAUUCGCUUUCCCGGUCGGACGGCCGGAGAGUCGGCAUCCACUUUCACCUCGGGCAUGGUCCCUGUGCCCCUGCAAUGUUGGCCGCACUACGCAGCAACGGGGAAGCCGGCCUUGUGCAAGGGCUCCCUGAUGCAGGUCCUGGAGGAUUCUGCCACGGGUUGGCCGGGAAACUGUCUAGGCUUGCAUUUCAUGCCGGACGAGACGUCAGAAACUUGUGAGAUGAGUUGUCGCGGCAAUGUCAGCUGUUCAACAUUCCAAGUCGUCGAAACCGAUGCCGGGAUGAUGGAAUGCUGGCAGGGCACAGGCUACGACUGUUUCCGAGACAAUGUGCAGGUGAAAAUCCUGGCUGCAAAACGCUUUCUGCGUGGUCGGUAUCGCGUUCUGAAGGACUUGCGCGGCUUUGAGGUGACAGGGUUGCAGUACUCCUUCGGCAAGGAAGCCUUUGGAUCGGAUGUGGAACAGGCUGUCAUGAUGUGCAAUCACACCUGCUUGUCUCUUGUGACGUGUCAAGCCUGGAGAUAUUCCACGGGGGAUGGAUGCUGGUUUGAUCACGGUGAGCUUGUUUAUCCGCCAACCACUGAUACCUUCAUGAAGGGCACGGAAGCAGCAGCACUGGUUGUGGCCGGGGCCUAUGUCCAGCGGCUGUGCGAGGUUCCGCAGGAUCUGCACGAGCCUGUGGUGUCGACGUCGGCCGCCAUCGCCAUCGCCAUCCUCCCGACUCCAGAGGCCCUCAGCCUCUCCACGCCGCUGCCGCUGCCUGCAGCCGUUGCCAUCAAUGGAAGCGCUGGCACCCUCCCUCCGGUGCUGCCACUGCCCGCUGUGGCGAUCAAUGUGACCGCUGCGAGCGCUGCCACCGCUCCGCCAGACUCCCUCCUCGUCCCGGGCGUCUCGGGUGUCUCGGGCGUCUCGUGGACGGUGUCCACGACGCCGCCUUCCACAUCUUCCACGACCGCGGCGAACGCCUCCGAUGCCUCCUUCCUCCCGGCGGUCACGGUCAGCCAUGUAAGCGCGAGAGCGAGUGCGAGAGCGAGCUCGAGCCGCCAGAGCUCCCAGGACACGGCGGAGCCGAAGGAGCCGUUUCCCGGCACCUUCCUGCGGGUUCUCUCGUCAGGCUUGGUCUUCUACAAGAGUGAGGAUGACGUGCUGCAUAUGGUUCCCUCUGGAUGCAAAGAGCUAUCCUGCGGCGAGAGCGUCCUCGAUCAGUGCCGUGCAGCUGCCUCUGUCUCCGAGGAAGAGGUGAUCAGCGACAGCACGGGCCAGGAAUUCUCUUGUGCGCUUCUGACAGCUUCUGGUGGGUCGAACUGGUGGGUCCUGCUGAUAUUUGCCGCAGUCCUCGCCCUCUGCUGUUGGGCCUGCAACCACGCCUCCUGGUACUACUACGACGAGAUUGUGGACCGGUGCCCCGAGCUGGAUGGAUACUUGCCCUUUCAGUGGUGCUUCGCUGCUCGCAACCGCUUCUCCAAGCUGCAGGUGGGGCUGCGUGAUCGGACCUCGAGAUCCGCGGGAGUGUACGAUCCGGAAGACCAGCUCCCCCUCAUGGCGCGUGGAGCACCUGGGGCUGGGUGGUCUGGCCCGCCAGCGCCGCCCGGGUACGUGCUUGCAAAUGCACAGUCGCUGCCAACCCAGCAGAUGAUGGGAUCAAUGGGGGGCCCAAUGGCAGCCUACGACCCUGGCAUGCCCUCUGGAUUUUCCUCGUCAUAUCAGGCUUCUCCCGGCCUGGGUCCCUACAUGGAAGCUCCUCUGCCUCGGACGGAAGCUGGAUAUGAUCUGGUGACCGUGACGCCGAGUGGAUUGCAGGUGACCCCGCUGGGCAACGCGCCUUUGCCUGCCGGAGUUCCGAUCGUGAAUCCGGCGCACGUCUCCACGCACCAGUUUACUUGA